AUGGAAGCUACCCCUUCGGACGAUAUUAUGACCAUCACGGCCUUAUUAAAAGACCUAUCGCUUUCUUUGGCUGAGUCUCGCGAAAAGACGAAUGUGGUGGAGUCGCUCACGAAGUUGGUUGAAACCCAGCGCCAAGCGGGGGCCGAGCCCGAGGACACAGAGACCAGCGAAUCGUUGAUUGAUAAAGAGAUAGAGCGCUUAGAGGCACAGCGGAUGGAACUGAUUAUGGACCUACAGAGACUCGAGUUCAUCAACAAACAGCUCCACGUCGUGCUCUCCGAAAGUGAGACGGUGAUGACGAUGCUGACGGACUUCUUGAAGAGCAAGGACCUGACGCGGUUAGCAAGCUACCGCAACCAGAACUAUCUCUUCAACAGUAAAAUCGAGACCAUCAACAGUAAGAUCGAUUUGUUGCGCUACAACCUCAAGCUCUCGCAGUCUGUUUUUGUCAAGGUCCGAGCGAUCCUCAAACACUAUCUCCCGCAAAACGGAGAGAAAAACCUGAUGGGUAAUCUUAUAAAAGAGCCAGACCCUGGGAGCAAGUGA